CCAAGCACCGGAUUUGGUAACAGCAGAUAUGGUGGUCGCCCGCUGGGCUUAUCUUCAUCUGCGUGGCGGCCUCUGCAUCAGUAGCCUCAAGCUGGUUCGGGUAUGAGAGUCGUUUUCCUUGGAGGCUCUAGUACAAGAAGGGAGUGUUGUGGAACCGAUGUCUUCUUGCCUCGUAGGAUGGGUAGCCCAGCUGAAUCCCGGAAAAAACCAGCGUGUUCGACAGUUCUACUUCCUGCAAGAGUGGUGCAUGCCUUGAAGUUGAACUUCGACGACAUGGGUGCUCGUCCACGCAUCCAUGGAGUUUUUGCUGCAACUGAAAAUGAUCUGGUGACUGCUCGGAGUAAUGCCUCCUUGUCUCAACAGAAGAGGAGCUACCGCUCUCAGGGAUCUAUGAACCAUGAUAUACGCCUCCCCCAAGAUUGGACUACAACAGUUUUACUAAUCUACUACUGAUGUUUCAGUUCUGCUGGGAAUAAUGUAGAAAAUGAAGAAAGAAGAUAAGAGGGAAGUUUAGGAGUUGAUUAUGGUGAAAUUUUAUUUUUGAUUGGGAAAAAGAAGAUUUUACUGAAGAAGAAGAAAUGGUUUUUUGUUAGGUAGUAGGGGAAACAAAUAAAUACGAGUCUGUAUACAUCAGUUGUUGCCGUUUCUCUGGUAAACAAUAGAACAGGGGUCAGUACCAUCGGUGGAUCUCAAUUUUGGAUGAAGCUGUGAGCGAUGGAAACGGCAUGUUUCAGAAGAGCAAAAGAAAUUCCAGUGCAGUGCAGUAUCCCAAAGAACAACCAAAAAAGGUAAUGGUGAGUGAGAAGAAGCAAACAGAAGUGCUUGAAAAGGUUUUUCCGUCAAAGAGAAGAGGCGAGAUGAUGAAUAGGCGGCAUUGCCGGUCUGGUUUCACCGGAUGGUUGAUAAAGAAAAUUAGAUGACACUUGAAGGAAAUUUUUAUCAUUUUGCAUAUCAUUUAAUGGUUGGUUAACAUUGGAUAUUAAAUCGUCACAAAAUAAAAAUCCGGGUACUAGAUUGUCACGAUUA